AUUUGAUGAUAGAAUAAUCUGAACCAUAUCAAUUUGGGGAAUACCAAAACUGAUAUCAUAGGAUAUUUAAGAUAAUAUUUAGCUCAUGUCACUUUGUCACUUGUGUUAAUUUUAUUCUUUCACUUGUUUGCACCUUAAUCUGAAUAAAAGAGUCUACACAAAAUAAAUGGCGGAAUCUAACAGUUACGUAUAUCAUACUACGCAAGGCUUUGAAUGCCCUAUAUGUUUCGAUAGAUGCGACGUUCUAAAGAUCACUGACUGCAUACAUGAACUCUGUCAGACUUGUCUUCAGCAUGUAAUUGAAAGAAGUAACGAUAGCUUCACGUUUCUUUGUCCAUUUUGCCGAUGUAUAAAUCGUAAACCUGCUCAAGGUGCUUCUGCCUUCCCCAACAAAACACGGAAAAUAUGUUGCAACUGUUCAACUAAAGUGGACGUCAAUGAUGGACACACGGAAUGUUCGCACAAAAGGAGCACUGUAAAAGCAGAUGGACUUAACUGCGACAAAGGUAUAACCAACCAAGAACUAAGACCGUCAGAUUUCAGACACUUAGAAUUUGACACGAGAACAAACAACAUCGAUGUUGCACAAUCUGGUAAUGGUGGGACGGCCAGAACACUUAACUUUAGUAUAAACAUAAAUGUAGACAGUAACAGUCCACCAGCGAUUAUUCAACCCUCACCUAGAGAUUCAGUUAGAGAAUAUACGUGCCGUGGAUGCAUCCUGACGAUAAUUAUAUUUGCCUCUACGAUGCGGAAAGUUUUCGAAUCAGUUACAAGACAUUGGAUCACUGUUCCGAUAGUAUCUGUGAUGCUUCCAGUAUCGAUAAUCAGGUUUCUGGUUGGUUUGAUAGCCGUUUUAUCGUACUCCCAAAAGGAGAAGCAAAAUAUGGCAAUAUUUGUACUUGUAAAAGGAUUAUGCGGAACUAUUUUCUGGAUAGUGAUAAUUUGCAGAAAACUUGAAGUUUCUCGAUUGAGCUUUUUCACAUAUUUCCUUGGUGCGUUUAGUUUAAUCUGGCUAUUAGUUGGAAGUGCUUGGACAUUUGAAGUCCAUGAUGAGUAUGAUGGACUUGUACAAGUCAUACAGGCUGUUACUAUAAUAGACUGGAUAUUGUCUGCUUUCUUCAUGUUUAUCGUUUGUGUGAUGACAUUCUCGGUCGUGGAAAGGAAUCAUGAUUAGAUAAUUAUAUUUCAUAUAUCUUAUGUAUACUAGCUAUAUGAUACAGUGCAAAUUAUUAUAUUAUAUAACAUUAUCUAUUGAAUUAUGUUUACACAUGUGCUUAACCUUUACCACGCUGGACACGAUUGAUUCUGCCUUUGCGACAAGUGUAGACCACGUUCAGCAAGCACAUCCGUGCAGUCUGAUCAUGGUCUGAACUGUUCGGUAUCCAGUCAGUAAAUUUUCAUUAAACACCCUUUCAAAUGAUAAAUGGUACUGCCAAAAUUGGAAGAUGGACCAGUCCAUUAUAGAAAUAUAGCAUGGUAAGGGUUAAGAUUUUGUCUAUUAACCUCGAGAUUUUUAUGCUAUAUCUCUGCAAGUACAGUUCACAGUUUGAAAAGUUUGUGAUAAUGAACAAGAGGGUCAUGAUGGCCCUAUAUCGCUCAUCUGAGUGAAGUUGCUUGCUUGAACAAAUUUCUUUGCUAAAGCUUCAAAAACAAGAAAGUAGGUCAAUAGGUCAUAUUCAUGGUCACUGAAAGUCAGUUUUAAGAUUAGUGUGCAAAACUGUACAUGCCAUCCAAAUUUCAAGGCUGUAUCUUAAAAAACAACAGAAAGUAGGUCAGUAGGUCACAUUCUUAGUCACUGAGAGUCAGUUUUAAGAUCGGUGUGCAAAACUGAACAUGUCAUCCAAAUUUCAAAGUUGUAUCUUAAAAAACAAGGAAGUAGGUCGGUAGGUCAAGGUCACAGUCGGGUGACCUUUAUCACUUUGGGUCAUCAGGUAAAUAUAAUUAAACAGUCUUAGAAAUAUGAUCUGAUAAUAUCUGAAGUAAUUUUUCCUACAUAACUCAUAUAUCAAGUGACCCCUGGGGCGGGACCUCUUUUCAUCUAAGGGGCAUAAUUCGAACAAUCUUGUUAGAGAUCAACUAGGCAAUGGUACAUACAAAAUAUCAAAGGCAUAUGCCUUGAACUUUCAGACAAGGAGAUUUUUAAAACAUUUUUCUAUAUAUGUCUAUGUAAAACUAGGGAACCCCUUGGCAGGGCCUCUUUUCACCCCAUAGGAAUCAUUUGAACAAUCUUGGCAGUGGACCACAAGGCAAUGCUACAUACCAUCUAUCAAAAGCGUAGGUCUUGUGGUUUCAGACAAGAAGAUUUUUAAAGUGUUUUUUCCUAUACAAGUCUAUAUAAACCAUGUGACACCCACACCCCUGGGCGGGGCCAUAUAUCAGCCUAGGGGGAUCAUUUGAACAGUCUUGGUAGAAGACAACUAUAUGAUGCUACAUACCAAAUAUCAAAGCUCCAGGCGCUUUUGUUUUUGACAAGAAGAUUUUUCAAAAUUGUUCCCUAUAUAAGUCAAUAGAAACAAUGUGACCCCCAGGGCGGGGCCAUAUUAUAUCCUGGGGGAAUAAUUUGAGCAAUCUUUGUAGAGGCCAACUAAAUGAUGCUACAUACUAAAUAUCAAAAACAUAGGCCUUAUGGUUUUGGACAAGAAGAUUUUCAAAGUGUUUUUCCUAUGUAAAUCUAUAUAAACCACGUGACCCGCGGGGAAGACCACUAUAUGAUGCUACAUACCAAAUAUCAAAGCUCCAGGCCCUUUUGUUUUUUACAAGAAGAUUUUUCAAAAUUUUUCCCUAUAUAAGUCUAUAGAAACAAUGUGAUCCCCCAGGGCGGGGCCAUAUUAUAUCCUGGGGAAUAAUUUGAGCAAUCUUAUUAGAUUAUUCUACAUACCAAAUAUCAAAGCCCUAGGCCUUGUGGUUUUGGAGAAGAAGAUUUUUAAAGUUUUUCCUUUCGGUUACCAUGGCAACUAGAGUUCUGAACGGAAUUCAAUUCUUUGAACAAUUUUAAAGAAGACCAUCCAAGGAUCAUCCCUGUCAAGUUUUAUCAAAUUUGGGUUAAUGGUUUAAGAGGAGAUGUUGUUUUAAGAAAAGUGUGGACGGAUGGAUGGACGUACGGACGGACGCCGGACGGUCAGCGAUCACAAUAGCUCACCCUGAGCCUUUGGCUUAGGUGAGCUAAUAAUAAAACAAAACUAAAUAAAAAAGCUCAUCUCACACAUUUUGUAAAUUUAUGCAUUAUUUAAUCUAGUUUGGUCAACAAAAAUUUAUUGCAGAAUCAAUGCUAUUCAGCAGCUCAACGUGUCAAUAAAAGGCCAAUCCCUGGUAAAAGAAGUUUGAAAUAAUAUAGGACUUUAGAAUAAAGUUAGCGGCCCGAGUCAUGAAUUUUAUAUGUCAUCUUAUUAGUGUGUAUGUUUGUACGAGGGGCACAGUUUCAAAGGGUCUGUUUUAAAAGCAAAGAUAUAGUUCAUUUAACAAAAUGAAAAACUAGAGUUUAGUAUUGUACUUACUGCGCAUGAUAAGAUUUUACGAAAUUCAUUAUAGUUGUUGUAAUUAAAUUACUUUAAUUUUUCACGAUUCGAAUAGUUUUAAAUGGUCAUUUAUUCAAAUUGAAUACUGGACAGCUCAUUUCACGUCAAUUUCAAGACAAACCGAUUGAUGCUCCUCGAAGUAUGAUUAUUACAUACCAAAAGCACAAAAGCGAAAUUCAUCGAUUGGGCACAUACCUCGUCUUAGUAGUGUAGCUUCCAUAGAAGAAUUUUCGAUUUCUGAGAAAAAUCACGCACAAAAUAACCGCAUCUCCGCUUGGGCGUGAAGCUUCCUAUGAAGUUCAGCUAAAUUCCAGACAUUAGUUGCUUAGGAAAACUGCAGAUAAAAAUAGUGCUGUAGUAUGCUAAUGCUGGAUAAUCGAAAGGAAGUAUCUUGAAGGAUUCCCCGAUCGUUAAUAAAGUUUGUUCUUUCGAAUCAUCCGUUGAUACAAAUAUUCAUCAUCAGUUACUAAGGUUACUAUUACAUUCUUAUUUGGAUAUAGUUUUUUUUCCCUUGUUUACAUUGACAGAAAAUUAAAAUAUUUGUCUGUCUGUCCAAUGUGUAAGUUCAUAAUUGAUAGAUACAGCUGCGUUAACUCAUUAUGGACGCAGAUCGCAUUUAUACGUUCAUUUUAUCUCUUAUCGGGUACCGCAUGUCGUAUUUAUCCGUCAAAAGAUAACAGGCGUGUAUGCCGAGGAUCGCAUAAAUGCGCUAUCUGCCUGAUAGUACUGCAUGCCGCGUGACGUGAUUUUACGCUAGUAAGAUUACUAACGAGUGGACUGCUGUCAAAGUCAACUAAUUAAAUAUUUUACACUAAAGAUUUAUAAAACCCGGAAGCGAUCGAAACUGUCAAAAUAUUUAUUAUUUAAGCAUGUAUUUUUAAUAUACUCAUCACUAAAUAUCGCAACUACAAAGUUAUUUCUAGGUAUUUCCUGUUUGAUUUUCUCAUUCUAAUAUACUGCAGAGUCUUUCUUUUUCAUUCAGUAUUUCUAACUUUAUUAAAUAAAGCAUAAUUCUGUUCUUUUAUAAUGUCAUUUGCUUUAAAGUUCAGCGGUAAAUGAUAUUUGAAUAAAUAUAAAAUAAUGAAAUAAUGGCUGUUUUUCUAUGUCAAAUCUUUCUUGAAUAUUGCAGUUUUCCAUAUUCGUGUUACUUCAGUAGGCCUGUGAAACAAUUUUGCAAAUUAAAAUAAUAGUAAAUUAAAUAUUUUAGAAUAGAUCAUAAAUUGUAGUAUCAGAUGUAAAAAUAUCAGUUUUAUUCAUCUGAAACAGUUAUAAACAGAUGUUUGUCCCUAAUAUUAAUCAAAGAAUGCCUAGAUCUUAUCGAUUAUUGAUUAUCAGUGAAAGUCCACAGGCAUACAAAGCAGAUAAAUUGAUAAGUGGCUCAGGAAUGUAUCGGAAAAUUGAUGCCAGUAAUUAAGCGGCGAUAUGGCUGCAGGUGUUAAUGAGUUAAUUUAAUAAUAUACUCCUGUAAUAUUUCAAAACAAUUUGCACACCAGUGUCAUAAGAGCGGUAAUUUCUCAUUUCAAAAAUGCUAAUGCUAAAGAGAAAUUAUUUCUACAAAAAUGUUUCAAUAUAAAAAUGAAAUGGUACACAAAUUUUGAUAUAGCAUUGAGGUUAUUGAAAAUAGUUUGGUUUGGAUGACCUUACGUAAAACAAAUAUUCAACUUCAUCCGUCUACCUACAUGACUGUAUUUGAAAAUUUAUGUUCAUACGUGAUACUGAUAAAAAAAUCUACCAGUUACAUGAAGCAAUUAUAGUGUAGGAAAUAGCAAAGUAAUGCACUUGCCCCACAAAGACUGACUGUUGGUGAAUUUUCAAUGUCUCUUAAUUUAUUGACCUGAAUGCUACAACAUCUAGUAACGUUAACAUGUGUCCGGGAACCCACAUAAGGCAAAGAAUUUUAUCAAUUUACACUUCCUAAGAACGUACCGACAAUACAAACAGAGUUUACUGGUCCAAAACAACAGGCCAUACAAUCAGUCUUAAUCUGUAUUGUAUACGUAAGUAGAAACAUAGAUGUUGUAACAGUUUAGAAAAUGGACAGGUACUUUGUAUCUAUAAUUUGACACACCCAACCAAGGGUCUAAACUAAAAUAUUCAUUUGAUUUAAGGCCGUAAAACAAGCAGGUUUGUAUAUGUAUAUUCAAUAUUCAUUUGUAAGUAGUCGCGUUCCUUUUGGGGAUCUAAAACAAAGGCAAAAUCAACAAGAAGAUUACACCUGCCACAUAAUUUGCGCUUUCUAAUAUCUGUGCAUUUUGCUGAAUAAGGGUUUGAUUUAAACCACGUAUUUUUUUCAAUGUGUUUCGCAAUAACAGACAUGCAACAAAUAUGUAGUCUAACGAAUCUUACCUAAGGUUUGCUCGUUUGAAACAAAUAUUGUUCUACAAUGUAGUAUUUGAUUAAACGACAUUUUUGUAAAGCAACUAUGUAUCUGAAAUUUAGCUAAUGAAAAGGAUAGGGCUCUGUGCUUUAUUUUUGAUAGACUAAUUUGAAAUUACUGUUUGUUUGUUUGUUGUUUGUUUUUUUGGGUUUAACGCCGUUUUUCAACAAUAUUUUAGUCAUGUAACGGUGGGCAGUUAACCUAACCAGUAUUCCUGGAUUCUGUACCAGUACAAACCUGUUCUCCGCAAGUAACUGCCAACUGCCCACAUGAAUCAGAGGUGGAGGACUAAUGAUUCCAGACACAAUGUCGUUUUUCAAAUAGUCACGGAGAACAUACGCCCCGCCCGAGGAUCGAACUCGCGAUCCCGAGAUCCGUAGACCAACGCUCUUACCUACUGAGCUAAGCGGGCGGGCUGGUCCUAUGUUAAAUUUUCACAAUAGACUUUGCAUUUUUCAUGACAUUUUUGUUUUUGAAAGAUGUUCCACAAUGUAGAUUUAAAUUAAACUAGUUGUAGACUUACCAGUUUUAAAUCAUUGACAAAUAAAAUGUUAAAUGUC